AGCUUGGAGGUUCAUCUCAACCAGGAAGACAGAAGAGUAGGACCUGAGGAACCGGCCGAUCUCCUGAUUGAAGCGUUCGGCCUGGCCGUUGGAUUGGGGGUGAUAGCCCGAACUCAAGUUCAUCUCAAUGCCCAGAUGUUCGCAGAAAGCCUGCCAUACCCUGGAAGUAAACUGAGGGCCUCUGUCAGACACGAUUUCCUCCGGGUAAAAAAGAAGAAGAGGGAAAAGGAUAUGGCUGAACCUUUCUCGAAGUCAGGACAUAGCAGACGGAGAUGCAUGGAUGCAUCUGCUAACAUUGCAGAUGAAUCCAGCAGUCUCCUGACUGAAGAACAGUUACAGUGUUCCAUCUGUCUGGAAGUGUUCACUGAUCCCGUCACCACUCCAUGUGGACACAACUUCUGCAAGAGCUGCAUUACACAAAGCUGGGAUACGAGUCAACACUCUGAUUGUCCAUAUUGUAAAGAGAAAUUCAUCAUGAGACCUGAACUCAAGAUUAAUAUAACACUGAGAGAGGUUGCAGAUCACUUCAAGAAGAAAACAGUCUCAGAAAAGCCUCAGAUUCUUUGUGACAUUUGCAUUGGUGUAAAACGAAAAGCCAUAAAAUCCUGUCUGGAUUGUGGUGUGCUUUUCUGCACAUCUCAUUUAGAGCCUCAUAAUUAUGUUCCAAAAUAUAAGAAACACAAACUAAUAAACGCAGUGAAGAACCUGGAGAACUACAUAUGCCAGAAGCACGAGAGACCUCUGGAGUUGUUCUGUAAAGAUGAUCAGAUGUAUGUGUGUCAGUUCUGCACUGAAGGAGAACAUAAAGAUCACAAAGUUAUUCCAUUAGAGGAGGAGAGUGGACAGAGGAAGAGUCAGCUGGUGAAAACACAGUCAGAGCUGCAGCAGAUGAUCCAGACACGACUGAAGAAGAUCCAGGAGAUUAAUCACUCAGUAGAGCUCAACAAAAGAAACACAGAGAAAGAGAAAUCAGACAGUGUUGAAGUCUUCACCUCUCUGAUUCGCUCCAUUGAGAGGAGUCAGGCUGAGCUGCUGGAGAUGAUGGAUGAGAAGCAAAAAGCAGCAGAGAAGCAGGCUGAAGGACUCAUUAAAGAGCUGGAACAGGAAAUAGAGGAGCUGAAGAAGAGAGAUGCUGAGCUGGAGCAGCUCUCACUCACUGACGAUCAUCUCCACCUCCUCCAGGGUUACCCGUCACUGUGCAUCGCUCCACACACCAAGAACUGGACUGAGAUCAGCAUUAACACUGAACUGAGUGUGGACACUCUGAGGACGGCCCUGUCUCAGCUUCAGGAGACUCUGAAUGAGAAACUCAGUGUGACGCUGAAUGAGAAGUUGAGAGAAACAGAACUGAAGAGGAUUCAGCAGUAUGCAGUGGAUGUGACUCUAGAUCCUGAUACAGCUAAUCCCUUUCUCAUUCUUUCUGAUGAUGGAAAACAAGUGACGUGUGGAGACACAACGCAGAAUCUCCCAGACACCCCGAAAAGAUUCAUUGAUUAUAUCAUAGUCCUGGGAAAGCAGGGUUUCUCCUCAGGGAGGUUUUACUAUGAGGUGCAGGUCAGUGGGAAGACUGAGUGGGAUUUAGGAGUGGUCAGAGAGUCUGUUAACAGGAAGGGAAAGAUUAAGAUAUGUAACCCUCAGGAGGGAUUCUGGACCGUGGUUCUGAGGAACAAGAACAAGUUCACAGCUUGGGAUGAUCCCUGUGUCUCGCUCUCCCUGAGAGAAAAGCCCCAGAAGGUGGGAGUGUUUGUGGAUUAUGAGGAGGGUCUGGUCUCCUUUUAUGAUGUUGAGGCCAGGUUUCAUAUCUACUCUUUCACUGGUCACUCUUUCACUGAGAAACUCUAUCCAUACUUCAGUCCUUGUUUGAAUGAUGGAGGUAAAAACUCAGCACCUCUGAUCAUCUCUAAUGUGUUGAAGACUGAAUAAAUUCUCACCUCAGUUAGAUGAAGUAAGGCAGAAUGAAAGGCAGUGUGUCUCAUUUAUCAGUUUUUUAUCUUGUGUCGGUAUUUUUCUGGCCAAACCAAACAAAAAAAAGAUUUUCAAAAAAGUUUCAGUAACACUGAUUUUCUUGCUAUUCACUCGUGUAAACUCAAAAUAAUUGCACUUCAUUUGAAUCAUACAAUUCACAAUUGCUAUUUUUACUGUAUUAAGUUUUGUGGAUCUUUGUUAAAAAUAUGAAACCAAAUUUGUCUUUGUAAAGCCCAUGUUACUGUAUUUACUGAACAUACAAUCUCUGAAAUUUCUUAUCAGCCACUUCUUAUUUAGGAAGAUUUUAAAAUUAAUUUAUGAAUAAAGUGUAGAGUCUAUCCCAACAUGUGUGUUAUGCAGGUUGGGUAACUGGGUGGUGAAAAAAUGUAGGAAAAUGGGAAACUUUAUCCAUAACUCAAGUUCUUCUAAGAAUGAUAGAGGGAAAAAUUCAGCAUCACCCAAUCAUCUCUGAUCCUUUUAUGAACUAUGUAUUUUCAUCCUGAUAUUACGCUGUAAAUACAGCACUUGAUUCCUUUUCAAUGAACUUCCAUCAAUGCACUUUUAAUUAUAAUAUUGCUAAAAUGAUCGUUAUAGAUCAUUAGAUAAAAACCCUAUUAUACUGUAAUUGUAUUGUAUUGUAUAUAUUAUAACCCUAUUAUAAACCCUAUAAUAUUGCCUUCUUUCCUUGUUCAUGAGAACAUUUUAUAUCUAAUGUAAAAUAUUCAUAAUCAUAUGAUUUCAUAUACUGAAGUCUGAUAAUCCGUUGAUUUAAAAUAUAUAUUCUCUUGUUUCUCUUGUUUUGUCUGUCACUGUGCCAUUAUACAGUCCAGACUAAAUAUGUGGAACCACCUUCAAAUGUUACAAACAAUUUAGCAGGUAGUGACAUCGAACAGUGUGAAUAAAGGGGAAAACAGACUAAAUGAUAUAUUUUAUUACUCUCAGAAUACUCAAUAACGUCAUGGAUGGCUUGGUUAAUUCCGUGCUGGAACAACAGGGGGCAUUCCAGCAGAGGUUUGUUUAUACCCUGUGCCAUGUGUCUUUGUUUAUAUUUUGUGUUCUCACGUGUUUGCCCCGCCCAAUACUUAGCACACCUCUGCACACUUUUCCCUCUUGUUUCACUACUUACCUCCCCAGUUUAUACCAGUUGUCCUGUGUGUGUUGUUUGCCGAGUCCUCGUCAUUGUGUGCUGUUGGUUACUCUGUGUUCUUUAUUUUAUGUCGUUGGUUUUGUAUCUUGUUCUAGGUUUUAGUUCCUAGUUCUGCCCUAAUGUUUUCUGGUGUCUGUUCAUUUUGUUAUUUUAUAAUAAACCCCUGUCUGA